AUGGAGCAGGAUCAGCAGGUAUCUAAGGAGGCCAACAUGGACAAACUACUGAAAAGUGCAGUUUACAGGUUCCCACUAUGUUUAGUUCACGGAGUGCCACUAUCUAAACCCAUCGCGGAUCAAUGGGAAAAGGUGGAAAAAUUUCAAGCCAGACCAGACGAUAUCCUCAUAGCGACGUAUCCUAAGGCAGGCACAACAUGGAUACAAGAGAUUGUGGACUCUGUAAUGAACGAUGGCGAGAUAGAGAAGAACAUGCGUGCUCCUACCCAUGUACGUUCUCCAUUUCUGGAGCUGUGCCCCCCACCUCCCGUUCCUAUCGGGGUAGACGUAUUGAAUAAAACUCCAUCGCCCCGACUGGUCAAAACCCAUCUGCCGUAUGAGCUGGUGCCAAUAUCCUUUUGGGAGCAUAAGUGCAAGACCAUUUACCUUGCUCGGAAUUUAAAAGACAACGCAGUCUCCGGUUACUUCUUCGAUCUGAUGAAUAAAGCUCAGCCUGAUCCCGGGACCUGGGAUCAGUACGUGGAAAAGUACCUAAAGGGUGAAAUGGCCUGGGGAAACUGGUUUGAUCACGUGAUCGGCUGGUGGAAUGAGAAAGACAAGCACGACAUCCUCUAUGUGUUUUAUGAAGAUAUAAAGGAGGAAAUCAAUAUACGGGAUGGUGUGUGCUGGGGAGCUCUCCUCUGUUGGUUAUGUUCAUGA